CAUAAUGUACAAAAAAACCAAACAACAUAUAUUUAAAAAUUAUACAUCACGUCGGAUUACACCAAAAGUUAUUAAACUUAAUAACGAUACUGAUAACACUGAAUAUGAUGGUGAUUAUGAAUACGAAUACCUUAAAACUACAACAACGUAUUUUACAAAACAAAACCAAGGACAAGAAAAAAUUUAUAAUGACAUUAUUGAUAAAGAAUUUAAAAAGAAAAUACCAUCUCUAACAACACCAACGUCUCCUUCAUCAUCAUUAUUAAACGAUGAUGAUUCCGAAAAAUUAUUUAAAAUGGAAUUGCCGCCGACAGAUAAUACAGCGUACAACAUAUGGUUUUAUCGAAGAUUUGAGAACGCAAACAGCAAAACAAUUCAAAUGAACCAUAUACAAAAUGAUUUAAAUCAAAUUUUAUCUGACGAAUCCUCUUUCUUUAGCGUUCAAAUACUCAAAGUCGAUGACAGGGAUGAUGAUAAACUUGAAAGCAAAGAAAAAAAUUAUUUAGAAAAAGUAUUUAGCAGUAGUAAUAACAGAUCACUUUUAUUAGAAUUAAUAAAUAAUCUUCGAUUAUUAAUAAAUUACUUUUUAUAUGUUGGCAGUGAAUCUCAUUAUCCCAAUAACGUCACUGAAAAAACUCCAAAUCUUCUCAAACUUUUGGAUUUUGUUCUAGAAUCAUUUAAAAAAUAUAAUACCAACAAUAAUAAUGAUGACGAUGACGAUGAUAAAAAAGAGAGUGGAGAAGAGGUGAAGAAAGUAUUCAAUUAUGUUAAAGAGUUGAUGCAGGUUGCUUGGUAUAAUAACAAUGUAAGGACAAGAACUGACAGUGACAAUCGACGAAAAUUUAGAAAAGCUUG